AUGGAGUCGAUCAACACCUUGAAAGGCUACGGCAAAGUAUCCGACCAAGAAAACCAAAUCCCUUCUCCACUCCCCAAACCAUCUUCCCGCAAAACCAUAAUCACCACCGUCUCCAUCAUCUCCCUCCUCUUGAUCCUCACCAUCGUCGCCUUAACCGCCGGAGCCUUCGCUCGUCCCUCCCACAACCCUCCUCCAGUCUCCUCCUCCAAGUCUCUCAAGACAGUCUGUACCGUGACACCUUACCCAGAGACAUGCUUCAAGGCCUUAUCUUCUUCCUCUUCUCUCAAAGAAACAGACCCUGAAUCAAUCCUCGAGCUAUCUCUUCGGAUCGCUUCUGAAAAGGUCUCAACCUUAUCCAUGUCUUUCCGAUCAAUCGACGAUAUGCCUGAGGAAGCGGCCGUUAAGGACUGCGUGAAGCUCUACGCCGACGCGGGGAGUCAACUCAACGAGACGUUGACGGAGAUCGUGACGGAGAAGGAGAAGAAGGGAGGGAAUUGGAUGACGGAGAAGGUCGUUGGAGAUGUUAAGACUUGGAUUAGCGCCGCCAUGACUGACGGUGAGACUUGUUCCGAUGGGCUUGAGGAAAUGGGAACUGUUGUGGGAGAUGAGAUUAAGAAAGAGAUGGUGAUUGCGAAUCAGAUGAUGAGUGUUUGCUUGGCUAUUGUUAGUCAAAUGAAGAAGCUUCUCGUGAUUUUACACUAA